UGCAUCAUUAUUAGUCGCCCUGAGUCCCCUCGGGGAGAAGGGCGGGGUAGAAAUAUUCGAAAUAAAUAAAUAAAUAGUCUCUGGAGAAACCGAACACUUUACAUGUUAUUGAAUUAUUAUUCUUAUCGGAGAAGUCUGUUACCCGCAAGUUGCAGUGGUCACAAGGCACAUGGAAUAUGGCAACUUUUUGCAACUAUGGGCUGCAUUUCCAGCUGUUUUGGAUGGGGAUGAUAGGAUUGUAGUCCAUCUGAAAUGUACCACGGUUUGGGGAUGAUUGGAAUUUGAGAAGGCGAGUGAAUACCACCCAGAAAAAAACUUCUUUCUCUAAGCAAAGCUGUAAUGAACAUGAGUGGGGUGGGGACUGAAGGCCCAGAAAUGGUGCAUGGGAAGGCACUUACGGCAUAGUAACAUUGCUCUCAACCAGGAAUUUGGCCACUGUGAUCCUUUCUGAAUAUGUUGGACUACUGCUCUCAUUAUCCCUGUGUUGAUUGUAGCUGUAGUCUGAAACAUCAGGAAGGUGUAUAGGGUUGCUUAUCCCUCUGCUACAAAUUACAAAGACGUAGAGCAAAUUCUAUCUUCAUUGGCAAUAUUAUAUCUGUGUGCCAUAAUUUCUGGUUCAGUUUUCCCCAACUUGAUCACUGGUUGGGCCACAACUUCCACAGUCAGCCCUGGUUGAAUCGUGUAUGUAUUUGUGGUUUUUAAAUGGGAUAUUUGCAUUACCAAGUUUUUGUACUAUCAGGCGGGGAGAAAAGUAUGGUUCUAUUAAGGGAAACUUCCCAGGUCAGAAAAAAAUAAUAAAAUAAAACAAUUUUAAACGAAGGUUUUGGGUGGAGGUGGAUUUACAUUAGAUUUAUUAUUCACUGGUUUGGGAAAAAACUGUUCAUUGGCUGCUGAGAAAGCAAUCUGAGUUAUUUGAAACCUGGCUGUGACCAGCAUGCAAAAGAGCUGCUUCUUUCCAUAAGUGGGUUAAUGCUUCAUUGGCUACACAGGUGUGUGUUAUUCUGGGUGCUUUACGAAAGGCAGAUGAACAGGUUCAGCAAUGAUGUUUAGGAUGGGGGACAGGCUGAUCCCAAUCUAUUCUAGGAACUCAGGGGAUUUUUUGCAGGAGGGAGUAUAGGAGGGCUUGAGUGUCAGUGUGGUAUAGUUGUCUUAGACUCUGGGUGCCACUGUUUGACUCUCCACGUGUCCAUGGAAACCCACUUGGCGACCUUGGGCAAGUCACGAUCUCUCUGAGAAAGGGAAAUGCAGAGGCCCCUCUGAACAAAUUUUGCCAAUAAAAACUUGCCAUGUGUCAAGUUACAACAUGUUUAGCCAAUAGUUGGAAACCUUGAUAGCACAUUGUUGGAACAACAAGGCAGGAUGGCUAACCUUGCAGCAGCCUUCUCCAAUCUGGCACUCUCACUAUGUGCUGGAUUAUAACACCCAUCAUUCCUGGCUGUGAAUGUUAACUCUGUAUCAUAUCUGGAGUUUGUAGGGAGCUGCUCUGGUUUUACAGAAGAUGGUGAAAUAUGCAGGCUGGUGCCUGGGGGAUGGCUGUGUUCUGCUUGUUGUUACUCCCGCUGCUGUUUGCUCUGUUCAGCAACACCGUAAAAGGACAGAGAGAUCCCGAAGUAUUCUGUGGCGCUUGUAAGGCCCUUGCAGAUGAACUGGCCUAUGACAUAAAGAAAAUCGGUCCAAAGAGGACUGUGAAUUCCAGGACCUAUCGCAUCAACCCUGACGGCACACGAGGGAAGAAAAAGAUUCCUUUUGCAAAGUCAGAGACCUUCUUAACAGACGUUUUGGAAAAGAUAUGUGACCGGAUGAAUGAUUAUCAACUCCAGGAUGACCCGGUGACUCAGAAAAAGAUAUUUAAGAGAUAUGCUCCCAGGAAGGAUGAGCCGAUCUAUGCAGAAUAUAAAAAAUACUUCUUUUAUUCUGAUGCUUAUAAGCCCUUGAAAUAUGCGUGUGAAACUAUCAUAGAACAGUAUGAAGAUGAAAUAUUCUCACUUAUCGCCCAGGAGGCAGACUUUCUGGCUGACAAGCUGUGCAUUGAAAAAUCAGGUCUUUGCGAAAAGCCCGAAAUGCACAGUGAACUUUAAAGAAACAGGAGUCUGUUAUUAUUACAGAUGAAGGGGAUCAGAUGAAAUAUCCCUUCAGGCUUUGCUUUCCAUUAACCUUUAUCUUUACUUGCUUAAAAAAACUUCUUCGACUGACAUACAUUGCUGUCUGCACCAUUUGUUGAUGACAGUGGACUGGGAUUUUCGUAACUGGAAUGGGUUCGUGGCGAAUAUUCUUCAAAUUAUAAGGCCUUCCCAUUAGUUAUAUCCAUUUCUGAGCUACCCAGGAUCUAAUUGCAGCUACUAACAAAUAUAUUAAUCUAGCGACAGAGCAUUUCAAGCAUGUGAGGCAUGUUGAUUGAAUGCAUUAUCUGCAUUCACUGAUUCCUUCUCUUUUGCCAAUGGGUAGCUUUCGGAAACAAAAGAACUAACCUGUAACUCCAACCAUUAAGGGCCAACUCAUAGGGGCCUACCAAUAUUGAUGUAGUAAUAAUGUUUUUCGGUGGAACCACACCAGUUCAUGUAAAUGUUGGCUUAGGGCAAGCUCCAUGGCAAAAAAUGGUGGUUUUCUAAACAUCUAAAUAAUUGUCAAAAUGUCAUGUGUUACCAGGAAACCUGUUUUGAUUAAGAGUAGGAAUUUAUGGCAGAGUCUAAAGAGAUUGUAUUGCAAGAGACAAUCAAAUAGCAUAGUGUAAUAUUUUUUCGUGGCAAAAUCCCAGACAUCAAAACAAAGAAAAAAUGAAGAAUUUAAUGUGGUUACCAUAAUAAGUUGCAAUCAGAUCAUAAGUGGGCUGCUUCAAUGGAGAAAUGUCACCGUGCCCCUGAUGUUCCCUGCACCAGUAAACCGUGUCUAAUAAUUUC